AUGGCGCCGGCGGCGGGGCGCAGGGUGCGGGGCCUGUGGCGCGCCUGCAACUGGCUUAUGGGCGCCUUCUUCGCGCUGGCGGCCUUUGUGCAGGUGAACGAUCCGGAUGCAGAGCUGUGGGUGGUUGUGUAUACGAUUCCUGCCACUCUGACACUGCUUGUUGGACUUAACCCUCUCGUCACAGGUAACUUUAUUUGGAAGAGUGUGUCUGCAGUUCACAUAUGCCUUUGUGUCCUGUGGGCUAUCAGCUUGGCAUACAACCUCUUGCUUCAUAAAAAACAGAACCUCUUGCAUGAGGAGGAAGGCAGGGAGCUGUUUGGUCUCGUGAUCAUCACAGCAUGGCUGGGCCUGUGCCACAGCUCUUCAAAGGCUCCAGGUGGUGGAAGAAUUCAGCUGGCCAUUGCUACCACGGUCGCUCUUCUCCCGUUUAUCUCCUGGGUCUACAUAUAUAUAAACAAGGAGAUGCGCUCUUCCUGGCCAGCUCAUUGCAAGACGGUGAUUUAAAUGAAGAAUCCUGUUCCUAAAAUGAGAGUUCUUGAUUUUGUAUAAACAUGGUUGUAACAAGCUGACUUCCUAGGAAUUUAUUUCAGUUGAGUUACUACUAGAGAUGAAUUUUUCUUUUUUUUUAUCCUAAGAACUUUGUAUGCCUGCCUACAACACAGGACUGGAUGGGACUAGUAAGAGAAGGGUCUGACGUUGUUUUACCAUAGUGUAGUAGCAAAGUUAAGAAAGAGGAAU